CGGAGAGGCAAAGAGGAAGUUCGUGUGUGCGUGUUGCAGUCGUCACACACCCUUGAAGGUGAAGUUCCGCUGCUGGGACUCCUUCGAGCUGUCACACGAGAAGAAGAGAGGCGAUCUUUGCGGGCAGGUGGACUCGAUUUUCAUUUUCUUCUUCACGCCAAUUGUUGCUUUGCUUGCGCGUACGUGAGAAGAAACGGGACGAACGAACAUGAGGGCGGACGCGUUGAAAGAAGAAGUUGUGAAGAUCCUCAAUGAGGCUCCGAACUCCAGGAAGCUGCUUCUGGAAAACUACGACAACUUCAUGAACGUCGCAGACUACUGCUGCAACAACUACAUACAGUCGGGGGGCGGGGCUGCCGAAGCUUUGGAGGAGACCAAGACGCUGACCGCCCAAUCGCUGGCCAGCAUCGCCUACCGGAUUAGCACGCUAGCCACUAGUGUGCUAAGCCUGCUGGACGCGCAGACCAAUCAGCUUCGCCACAUGGAGUCGUCCAUCAACCUCAUUGGGCAGACGAUGGCGAUGCACCGCGAGAAAGUUUCACGCCGAGAAAUCGGCGUCUUCACGGCGGUGCGACGCGUCCCCCGCGGACCCGAGAUCCUGACCGCGCCCGCGCAGCCCCGCCCUCCUUACAGCCGCCGUCCAAUCAGCUAUCAGCAGCUGGACGGCUUGGGUCACGGCGUGAAGCCGACCGGCAAAGAGCGCGAGGGAGCCGGAAGCAUCCGGAAGCCGGCCUCAUCUAUCAGGUCCAGCUGCAAACCCGCAGCAGAAGGCCUCGAGUGUGCAGUGACGCCCUCUGGUGGCAGCUCCACUUUUGGGAAGCCUGUGGCUCCGCCCACCAUCCCACUUGAAAGAGAUGUCCUCAUCGCCACACCCCUUGAUGAUGCCCCGCCCCCUCCGCCCGACGACGUGAUGAGCCCGGCUCCGCCUCUUCCUCCAUCAGAGACUCAGCCCGCCGCCAUUUUCCUACCACUGACUCCGCCCCCGUGUCUCGAGACAGUGCUGGAGGAGAGCAGCCUCCCCCUGCCGUCCCCUCCUGCCCCCGACGGUGACCACGCCUUUCCGCUGCCGUCCAAUGAGGAGCCAGAGCUUCCGGCCCCUCCUCCGGCAAUCCAGGAAGUAGACGCCGACCCCCCGACCCCAAGGAGCGGCGGCGGCGUUGUCCGGCCCCCCCCCGCUCGCUGUGUGUCACUGAGGGUCCGCUCGGGCCCCGCCUCCCGCCGCCGCCAAGCUCGCUCUCUCUUCCUGCCGGCCGUCCAAUCACUGAUGAUCCCCCCGCCCCCUCCUUACCCUCCCCCGUGCGCCCCCCCCCAUCCUCCGCACGCCUGCUCUUGCUCGUCUUCGUCGCAUCGGCUCAGCCUGCCUGCUCGUCUGGAGCGCCUGGAUCCGGAGCUCCCGGCCCUCCUCCCGCCUCCGCCUCCGCCUCCGCCGCCAUCGGACGGCCGGGCCGCUUCGGACGACGUCACGGCAGCGGAGGAGCUCGGCGGCCCCCCCCCGCAUUACCUGGAGAAAGCGGCGGCGCUGUAUCGCUAGGAGGCCGCCGAGCCCGGCGACCUGUCCUUGGCCGAGGGCGACGUCGUUUGCGUGACUCAUCGCCAUGACGACGGCUGGUCGGAGGGCGUCCUGCAACAAUUACGUCCAAUCCUGUGGCCUGACUCAAGCCGCAUCGCCGAUGCGAAUAGACUCUUGCCGCGGUAUCUCAGUGUGGCCGCCAUUUGGAAUGUCCCCUGAACUCUGAAUUCUAGAAAGGCCCCGCUCCCCCCAAAAAACUAACGCUGCCUCACGGUCACACAGGAAUAAUAGAUUUGAAAAACAAAGCGUGUCACUUUGAAUCCAUUUUGUGUACUGCUUUAUCCUCCGAUGGUUAUAAAUGUUUAAAGUGCA